GCUCAUUCCUGCACUUGCAUUUCUUGUGUGAUCAAUUUAAGAAGCAAGCUAGUUUUUCCCGUGAUUAGAUUUUGUCUAGUAUUGAUUUAUAUUUGUAGUUCACGUUAUUUAAUUCGUAGUUGUAAAGAAAUUCAGAUAUUAAUUUUAAUUUGGAAUCUGAUUUAGUGUUAUCAAAAUGCAGAUUUUCGUGAAGACUCUCACGGGAAAAACUAUUACCCUUGAAGUCGAACCAUCCGAUACUAUUGAGAAUGUAAAGGCAAAAAUUCAAGAUAAAGAAGGCAUUCCCCCAGAUCAGCAACGUUUGAUCUUCGCUGGAAAGCAGCUGGAAGAUGGUCGUACACUAUCUGACUACAAUAUUCAAAAAGAGUCUACCCUUCACCUGGUACUGCGUCUACGCGGUGGUAUGCAAAUUUUCGUGAAGACCCUUACAGGUAAAACAAUUACCCUUGAGGUGGAACCUUCUGAUACAAUCGAGAAUGUUAAGGCUAAAAUUCAGGACAAAGAAGGCAUUCCACCAGACCAGCAGCGUUUGAUCUUCGCUGGUAAGCAGCUAGAAGAUGGCCGUACCCUAUCAGACUAUAAUAUUCAAAAAGAAUCAACCCUUCACCUGGUACUGCGUCUUCGUGGUGGUAUGCAAAUUUUCGUGAAGACCCUCACUGGCAAAACUAUUACCCUUGAAGUGGAACCAUCAGAUACCAUAGAAAAUGUUAAGGCUAAAAUUCAGGACAAAGAAGGCAUUCCACCAGAUCAGCAGCGUUUGAUCUUCGCCGGCAAGCAGCUAGAAGAUGGCCGUACCCUAUCCGACUACAAUAUUCAAAAAGAAUCAACCCUUCACCUGGUACUGCGUCUUCGUGGUGGUAUGCAAAUAUUUGUGAAAACCCUCACGGGCAAAACCAUUACCCUUGAAGUGGAACCUUCUGAUACAAUCGAGAAUGUUAAGGCUAAAAUUCAGGACAAAGAAGGCAUUCCACCAGACCAGCAGCGUUUGAUUUUCGCCGGCAAGCAGUUAGAAGAUGGCCGUACCCUAUCCGACUACAAUAUUCAAAAAGAAUCAACCCUUCACCUGGUACUGCGUCUUCGUGGUGGUAUGCAAAUAUUUGUGAAAACCCUCACGGGCAAAACCAUUACCCUUGAAGUUGAACCUUCUGAUACAAUCGAGAAUGUUAAGGCUAAAAUUCAGGACAAAGAAGGCAUUCCACCAGACCAGCAGCGUUUGAUUUUCGCCGGCAAGCAGUUAGAAGAUGGCCGUACCCUAUCAGACUACAAUAUUCAAAAAGAAUCAACCCUUCACCUGGUACUGCGUCUUCGUGGUGGUAUGCAAAUUUUCGUGAAGACCCUCACUGGCAAAACUAUUACCCUUGAAGUGGAACCAUCCGAUACCAUAGAAAAUGUUAAGGCUAAAAUUCAGGACAAAGAAGGCAUUCCACCAGACCAGCAGCGUUUGAUCUUCGCCGGCAAGCAGCUAGAAGAUGGCCGUACCCUAUCAGACUACAAUAUUCAAAAAGAAUCAACCCUUCACCUGGUACUGCGUCUUCGUGGUGGUAUGCAAAUUUUCGUGAAGACCCUCACUGGCAAAACUAUUACCCUUGAAGUGGAACCAUCCGAUACCAUAGAAAAUGUUAAGGCUAAAAUUCAGGACAAAGAAGGCAUUCCACCAGAUCAGCAGCGUUUGAUCUUCGCCGGCAAGCAGCUAGAAGAUGGCCGUACCCUAUCCGACUACAACAUUCAAAAAGAGUCAACCCUUCAUCUUGUAUUGCGUCUUCGUGGUGGUAUGCAAAUAUUCGUAAAGACCCUUACGGGUAAAACCAUUACCCUUGAAGUGGAACCUUCUGAUACAAUUGAGAAUGUUAAGGCUAAAAUUCAGGACAAAGAAGGCAUUCCACCAGACCAGCAGCGUUUGAUCUUCGCCGGCAAGCAGCUAGAAGAUGGCCGUACCCUGUCAGACUACAACAUUCAAAAAGAGUCAACCCUUCACCUUGUACUACGUCUUCGUGGUGGUAUGCAAAUUUUCGUGAAGACCCUCACGGGCAAAACCAUUACCCUUGAAGUGGAACCAUCCGAUACCAUAGAAAAUGUUAAGGCUAAAAUUCAGGACAAAGAAGGCAUUCCACCAGACCAGCAGCGUUUGAUCUUCGCCGGCAAGCAGCUAGAAGAUGGCCGUACCCUGUCAGACUACAACAUUCAAAAAGAGUCAACCCUUCACCUUGUACUACGUCUUCGUGGUGGUAUGCAAAUUUUCGUGAAGACCCUCACGGGCAAAACCAUUACCCUUGAAGUGGAACCAUCCGAUACCAUAGAAAAUGUUAAGGCUAAAAUUCAGGACAAAGAAGGCAUUCCACCAGACCAGCAGCGUUUGAUCUUCGCCGGCAAGCAGCUAGAAGAUGGCCGUACCCUGUCAGACUACAACAUUCAAAAAGAGUCUACCCUUCAUCUAGUAUUGCGUCUCCGUGGUGGCUUUUAAAAUUAUGCAAAAUUUAUGAGAACAUGUAACCAGCAACCUAUUUAAUUGCAGUAUUAAAUAUUUAGAAUGUUUCAAUGUAUUAUGUAAUCAUUCCAAUUUCAAUAUUCAAUAAACAGUUUGCUUCACA